AUGGACGCUGCUACUGCCCUUGCCAUACCAGCGACCCUAGCCGGGCUGGCAUAUCUCAAUGCUCGCUGGAGAGUCUCGGUCGACCUCCACCUGCUGCGGGCAUUGGUCGGAUCCCGCCUCGCCUUUGAGCGACGAGAACGGGCAGAUCGGGUCAACUCUUUCUACCUGCUUGAAGAGCAUGCCCAGACACCCCGGAUCGCUGACCAGCCAUUCAUCAUCUACCAAGGCAAGACAUGGACGUUCCGAGAAACCUACGACUCCGUUCUCCGCUACGCCGGCUAUCUUCAUUGCCGACACUCGGUGCUCCCCGGCGAGAUCAUUGCCCUCGAUCUCAUGAACAGCCCGCAAUUCAUCUUCUUGACGCUGGCCCUGUGGUCUUUGGGCGCCGUGCCCGCGUUCAUAAACUACAAUUUGGUCUCGACGCCUUUUGUGCACAGCGUGCGCACGUCCAGCGCGAGACUGUUGAUCGUCGAUCCCGAAAUCGCGGCGAAAGUGCUCACCCCAGACACGGAGGAAGCCCUCCGGAACCCCAACUUCCGCAACGAUGCUUUUCCUCUCGAGGUGCUCGUGCUGCAUCCCGGACUGCAGUCGUCGCUCAAAUACUUCCCACCGUACCGAGCCCCGGACUCCACUAGAGCCGGCGUCAGCGGCCGCUCGCCUGCGGUGUUGAUUUCCACCUCGGGCACCACGGGACUUCCCAAGGCCGCCAUUGUGCCCUGGCACCGAAUGAUCUACGGAUCCGGGAUUGUGUCACGGUGGAUUGGUCUUCGUGCUGUGACAUGUUCGAAGCCAGACCGCUACUAUACCUCCAUGCCACUGUACCAUUCGUCCGCCUUCAUCAUGGGCUUCCAUUGCUGUCUAGGCCAAGCCAGCACGCUGGUUCUCGGACACAAGUUCUCCGCCACGACGUUCUGGGACGAAGUCGUGGCAGCCGACGCGACCGUGAUCCAAUAUGUCGGAGAGACGCUUCGAUAUCUGCUCACCACGCCUCCCCGCCCCGACGACCGGACCAGACACCGCGUGCGUCUGGCCUUCGGCAACGGCCUGCGCCCCGACAUCUGGGACCGGUUCCGCAGCCGGUUCGGCGUCGAGACCAUCGCCGAGUUCUACGGCGCGACCGAAUCCAUCGGCGCGGCCUUCAAUCUGUCGCGCAACACCUUCUCGUCCGGCGCCAUCGGCUCCGUGGGUCUCCUAGGCAAACUCGUCGCCGACUCGCUACAGACGAUCGUGAAGGUCGAUUGGAAAACAGAGUCGCCCUACCGCGACCCCAAGACCGGGCUCUGUGUUGCCGUCCGCCCCAACGAACCAGGCGAGCUCCUGUACCGAAUCGACCCCAAAGAUAUCGGCGCCAAGUACCAGGGCUACUUUGGCAACGCGGCCGCCAGCGCGUCGAAGAUCCUGCGCCACGUGCUCGCCCGGGACGACGCCUGGUUCCGCACCGGCGACAUCGUCCGCUUCGACGCAGACUACCGCAUGUGGUUCUCCGACCGCAUCGGCGACACCUUCCGCUGGCGCAGCGAGAACGUCUCCACCGCCGAAGUCGCCCAGCUGCUCGGCCAACACCCCGCCGUCCUCGAAGCCAACGUCUACGGCGUCCAGCUCCCCAACCACGACGGCCGCGCCGGCUGUGCGGCAGUCUUGUUGAAAGACGUGGCGACGCAUCCCACCGGAGCCUCUCCUCCACCUCCACCUAUCCCCGCAACCUUGCUGGAGAGUCUGGCCGCUUUCGCCCGCAACAGCCUGCCCAAGUACGCCGUGCCCGUGUUCCUGCGUGUCACUGCCUCCGUCAUGGCCACCACGGGGAACAACAAGCAGCAGAAACACGUGUUGAGGCUCGAAGGCGUCGAUCCCGCCCAAGUGAAAACCGAUAGGCUGUUCUAUCUCCGUCCGGACGCCGAGAGGUAUGAACCGUUCGGACCGAAGGAGUGGGAGGAGCUCAAGGCAGGGAAAGUCAAAUUGUAA